AUGGCCGCGGCGGUGGCCGUCGAGGUGGCGGCUCCCGUGCACUUCGAGAACGAAGACUCGUCCGACGACGACAAUUUCGCCGACGAGCUCGAGGCGCAGCUGUUCGAGGCUGAGGCGAGACGAGAUGCGAUUGGCGUGAAGAGGGAGCGCGACGAGAAGGGGCUCGACGAGGAGGAACCGUCCACUAAGAGGGUGGUCCGCGACGCCGGCAGGGCGGAGCAGCACGACGGGAGGGAAGGACUGACGACCCUUCCUCUGGAGCUGAGCCUGCAGAUCCUGCGAUGGCUCUCCCCCGAGGACCUCACGAGCUGCGCCACAACGUGCAGGGCGCUGAGGCUCGCCGCCUCGGAGGAUUCACUAUGGCGGCGGUGCUUCUGCUCCAGGUUCGGACACCCGAAGCGUCCCGGGGUGCGGAGCUGGCGCGCGCUUUAUUUUCAGGAGGAUGCCCGUGAGCUGAGGCUGACCACAUCCUCGGCACCUCCCGACUUGAGACACCUGUACGCGCAAAUGCAAUCUGCGAAGAGAGCGCAACCGCCGGCGACGCUCACCGACGAUGCGCUCCUCACGCUGACGGACGCGGAGAACGUGAUGCGGUGGCGCGCGCAGCGAGGCCUGAGCGACGGGUCGGACCCUGCGUCUGCACACACGUGUUCCAUCGCGAACGGGUGCUCCUAUCGCAGGUUCGGAGCGGACAUUUUCGUGUGCGAGCGAACCGGCCGAGCGCACGUGUGCGACGACUCGUGCCGCGAGAGGGUUGUGGACAUGGACGGGAUGUCGGAGAUGUGUUCCAUAUCCGGACGCUCUUUCGACAGGUUCCUUGGUGAUGGCGCGGAGGGCAUGGGCGCGGGACACGUGGAGGGUGGAGCAGGCGAGGUGGGCUUCACCGGGGAGAGGGGAUGGCUCGGGAGGGCCUUCGAGGCUGGAUACGGGGCAUCCAGCGAAAAAGAACUGUACGCCGCCUUGUGGGGCGGCGACGGUAGCGCAGGCAUGAGGGCCAAUCGGGGCGUGGACUCCGACGACGAGGUUGGAUCUGACGAGUCGUCGGACUACGACUCUGAAUGA